AAAUAGAGUACGGUGGUCGAAAUUAUGCCCCUUUCUCCCCGUCGAGUAACUCUCUCGUCGUACUCUUUCUCUGUCUGCACACAACUCGGAAGAAGGUAGAGAGAGAGAGAGAAGCAGCAGCUCGAAGCUCCAUUUUGAUGGAAAAAUUGUCUCACUCUGUUUCGAAGAAACUCUACAACAAUGCCAAUGCCAAUGCCAAUGCCAAUGCGAAUGGCUUCUCAACUCACACAGUCUACGACGACGUCUUCGGAGGUCCUCCGAAGUUCGGAAUCCCCACUUUCUCUCCUCGCAUCGAAGACUACUCUGAGAUUUUCGGAAGCUUUCACGCCUCUCGACCUUCCUCUAUUCCGAUUCUCGAUCUUCCCGCUGUCGACGAAGCCGAAUUCUCCUUCGAUAUCUGGACCUCCCAUUUUGACUACUCUCAAGUGUUCGGCGGUUUCGAGGGCCUAGAUUUCGCAGUCUCGUUCGAUGAAUUGUUCAACCAUUCCAAGACUGCUUAUGAUUCCUCUGAUGAAGCUUGGACUCCAGCUCAGAGCGGAUAUUUGUCAGAUGCGUCAGACCCUUCUGCUUGUUCAGAAAGGAAUCAAAGCUUGUCAAAUGAAGAAUUUUACCAGUCAUGUGAUGGCAUUAAGCAGUUCAAUAUAUCAUAUGAUAAGGCUAGUCAAAGAAGCAAGGAAGAUAUGUCAAAUAGGAUGGCCCAUGUAACUCAACUACAUGCUGUUCCUGGAUUUAGCUUCGUAGUUAAUGAAACCCCUCCUUCACAAAAAAGGAAUAUGCCUUUGCAGAAAACUGAUGAUCUCAUCCCAAAUGUUGAUUUUAGUGGGGGACUAAGAGAAGGAAAGCAAUUCAGGAAAACUAUGUCACACCCAUCAAGCAGUAAUUUUGGCAUACAGAGUUUGGGAACUGAUCUCAAACCUGUGGGUUAUGGCAAAACUGCAUCUUCUGUAAUUGAGGAACUUUUAACUGUAUCUGAUAUCGGCUUAAGAACUCAACCAUCUCGGUUGCCACCACCUUCGAGGCCACCUCCUGUUUUAGCUGCAAAAGAUGGAGAUUCUGAUAGACAGAAAUCAAAGCUCAAAGCUUCGAAAAGUUUUUCGUUUGGAGAGAUGGCAGGUGACAGCUCUCCACCGUUUUUUGAUGUGGAGGUAGAUGCAAGCUCAUCUGCUUCGGUCUCUGCUGCAGAAAUGAAAGAGGCAAUGGAAAAAGGUCAAGCAAAACUAAGAAGUGCAAAAAUAAUGGAGAGAAAGGAGGGUCUUCAAACCCAUACAAAGCUUGGUUUGAAGAAUGAUGCAAAAGACAGGGAGGGAAAAGCAAGCAAGACGUUUGAUGGAUCCAGCUAUUUUAAAGAUGAGAGAGUGCAUGGAACUUGCCAAAGUGAUUGUAGUGGAAUGAAAAGUUUUGCUGUGGAGGAAAUGCCGAAAGUAAUGAAGACAGCACGAGUUGUUUCAGAUUCAAUUGAAGGGGAAAACCAUAUAAAUGUGGCUAAAGUAUCUGCGGAUAAAAAGCAUGGGAAGGAGUAUAGGUCAGCUCAAGAAUAUUAUAAAACUGAGGAGCCUGUUGAAUGGAGAGAAGCCACACAAUUUUAUGAAGUAGUAGAAACAGAUAAAUCCAGAAAGAUCUCUGAGCAGGUAAAGGAUGAAAGGGUUUCGGUGCAAAAUACACAGUUCUGUGAGCGUGGACAAGAGAAAAAAGCAACUCCAGCAUUUCAACAGCAAGAAGAUGACAAUAGGGAAAUAAAAGAUGAUAGGGAAGCUCGUGAAUGGGAUGGAAACAAGGGGAGAUCAAAAGCAACAAAAGAAUCAAACAUCCAAGAGGAGCAUGAGAAGAAAGCAAAAGCGAAUCAAAAGGUUUGUAAACAGGAAGAAAAUGGGAAGAAGACGAGAAUGGUCCAACAACAGCAUGGAGACAUUGAGAAGAUACAAACUGAAGCUGAUCAAAGCAAAGAGAGUCAGAACCUGCCAGAAGUUCAGCAGAAAGAGAAUGAAGUGGAAGUUGAAAAGAAACGAAAAGAGGCUGCUGAAAGAAUAGAAGAUGAAAAAAGACAUGAGGAUGCUUAUGAAAGGAAACUAAAAGAAACUGUUGAGAGGGAAAGAUAUGAGAAAAAACUCAAAGAGGCCACUGAGCAAGCAGAAAUUGAGAGAAGACUAAUGGAGGCUCUAGACCAGGAAGAAAAGGAGAAGCAACAAAAAGAGGCUAGUGAAGGAGAAGAGAAAGAAAAGAGACAAAAAGAAGCUCGUGAAAGAGAAGACAAUGAGAAGAGACUUAAAGAGGCUCGUCAAAGAGAAGAAAAUGAGAAGAGAUUUAAAGAGGAAGAGAAUCAAAAGAGAUUGAAAGAGGCUCUGGAGCGGGAAGAGGCCGAAAAGAGACUUAAAGAGGCUUGUGAAAGAGAAGAAAAUGAGAAGAGAUUGAAAAAGGCUCUGGAGCGGGAAGAGACUGUAAAGAGAGAAAAAGAGGCCUGUGAAAGAGAAGAGAAAGAGAAGAGACUUAAAGAGGCUCAUGAAAGAGAAGAAAAUGAGAAGAGACUUAAAGAGGCCCGUGAAAGAGAAGAAAAUGAGAAGAAACUUAAAGAGGAAGAGAAUCAGAAGAGACUUGAAGAGGUUCGUGAAAGAGAAGAAAAUGAGAAGAGACUUAAAGAGGCCCGUGAAAGAGAAGAAAAUGAGAAGAGACUUAAAGAGGAAGAGAAUCAGAAGAGACUUAAAGAGGCUCAUGAAAGAGAAGAAAAUGAGAAGAGACUUAAAGAGGCUCUUGAGCAGGAAGAGAAUAAGAAGAGAUUGCAAGAGGCUCUGGAGCGGGAAGAGACUGAAAAGAGACAAAAAGAGGCCUGUGAAAGAGAAGAGAAAGAAAAGAGACAAAAAGAGGUUCGUGAAAGGGAGGAGAAAGAAAAGAGACAAAAAGAGGCUCGUGAAAGAGAAGAUAAUGAGAAGAGACUUAAAGAGGCUUGUGAAAGAGAAGAAAAUGAGAAGAGACUUAAAGAGGCUCUUGAGCAGGAAGAGAACAAGAAGAGAUUGAAAGAGGCUCUGGAGCUGGAAGAGAUUGAAAAGAGACUGAAAAUGGCUCUUGAGCAGGAAGAGAAUGAGAAAAGGAAAAAAUUGGCUUGUGAACGAGAUGAAAAUGAGAAGAGGCUUGUAGAGAAUCUUAAGUGGGAAGAGAUUGAGAAGAAACUGAGCGGUGCUCUUCGGCAGGAAGAAAAUGGAAAAAAUAAAAAAGGGGCUCAUGACACACAGGAAAAUGAGGAGAGACUAAAUGAGGCUUGUGAAAGGGAAGAGAAUGAGAAGAGCCUUGAAGAGGCCUCGGAACAAGAAGUUAGUAAGAAACGACUACAAGAAGCACAUGAAAGACAAGAAAAUGAGAAGAGGUCAAAAGAGGUUUUCAAGCAUAAAGAAAUUGAGAAAAUAUGAGAGGCUAAUGAUUGUGAAAAAACUCAGAAGAUGACUGAAGAUGCCCGAUAUUGGGAAGAACUGAAGGGACGCAGCAGAGAUCAUGAGCAAAAUGAAAGGGAUGAAAAUGAAAGGAAACUGCAUUCUGAUCAAGGAACUUGUGUGCACACGCAGGUGAAUUUCAAGGCAUCUGAUGGGGUGUGUAAGCUGGGUGACUGUGAGAACCUACAACCUGAUCAAGCAGUCUGCGCACAGGACAAAAACAGUGUAAAAGUGAAAAAGACCGAAGGGGCCCGUUUAUUUGAAGAGGAUAGAAACAUGAAGGCUGAAUCGAUGGAUAGUGAGGGGCAAAUGGAAGCAGUUGAAGUGGUGAAUGUGCUGUUUGAAGAGCAAUCCAUCUCAUCUGGCAUGGGUCAAAAUGACUCACAACAUGAAAAGAACCAAACCAGAGUGAAAGAUGCCACAGAAUCGCUCGAUCUGCAUGACACUCUGAAAGAGCCAGUUGAAGCUGGCAUUGGUAUUGGCAUUGGACAGCACAUGGACAGAAAUAAGAAAGCUUGUGAAAUAGCCUCCAAUACUGGGAAGCCAAAUGUAAUCAAUUAUGCACUUGGAGAGAGGGGGAAUAAUGUCAAAGAGGUUCAAAUGACAUUUGACAAGGAGGAAAGCAAAGACAAAUUCAUGUCAUCACAAGUGGUAAGAGAGUUGAUUGAAAAUGGAAGGAAAUUGGGAGCUGAUCAGCCAACUGUGUUUGAGAGAAAAAGACAUGCACAGAGCACAGCUCAGAAGGUUAGCACAAGCCAAAACACAGAAAGAAAAGAGAAGAAACUUAAUGGUAUCCUCAUAUCAGAAGAGAGAGAGAAACAAGAAAGGAUGAAAAGAGAAAGAGAGCUGGAAAAUGACUGCCUAAGAAAGAUAGAGGAAGAGAGGGAAAGGGAAAGAGAGAGAGAAAGAGAAAAGGACCUGAUGGCUGUUGAUAGAGCUACUCUUGAAGGUCGCGAAAGGGCAUUUUCUGAAGCUCAUGACAGGGCAGUAAGGGCUGCUGUGGAGCGGGCAACUGCUGAAGUUCGACAAAGAGCAAUGACAGAGGCCCGAGAAAGACUAGAGAAGGCAUGUGCCGAGGCUAGAGAAAGGUCAUUAGCGGAGAAGACAUCUAUGGAGGCCAGGCUCAGGGCAGAGCGUGCUGCAGUAGAGAGAGCAACUGCAGAGGCUCGACAGCGUGCUUUCCAAAAAGUUAUGGCUGAGAAGGCUGCUUUUGAGGCUCGAGAAUGUGUUGAAAGAUCAGUGGCUGAUAAGUCCUCUGCUUCUUACAAAAAUGGUGGAAUGAGACAAAGCUCUUCGUUUUCUGAUGUGCAAUCUCAGGGCAUUGGUUCUUCCAUUGGGUCCAUUUAUUCAUAUUCUUCAGUUCAUGGUGGAGUUGAAGGUGAAUCAGCUCAGAGGUGUAAAGCAAGGUUAGAGAGGCAUCGAAGAACUGCUGAACGUGCUGCAAAAGCUCUAGCCGAGAAGAACACGCGUGAUCUUCUUGCUCAAAGAGAGCAAGCAGAGAGAAAUAGAUUGGCCGAAGCUCUCGAUGCUGAAGUGAAGAGAUGGUCGAGUGGGAAAGAAGCGAACCUGCGUGCAUUACUUUCGACACUGCAAUAUAUCCUUGGGCCUGAUAGUGGUUGGCAGCCAAUUCCCUUGACUGAAGUUAUAACUUCUGCAGCUGUUAAGAAAGCUUACAGGAAAGCCACUCUGUGUGUUCACCCUGACAAAUUACAACAACGUGGUGCAAGUAUUCAGCAAAAGUAUAUAUGUGAAAAGGUUUUUGAUCUUCUGAAGGAAGCUUGGAACAGAUUCAACUCGGAGGAGCGGUAGAUGGCCAUUGCAGCACAUCAUAUAAUUUAUACUUGUAGCUAGUAAAUAUCUCUACGUCUGUCAAAUAUUUUUAGUUCUUUCGUUAGGUUCCAAAGGUAAGCUCAAACUUCGAGAUUGCCAGGGAAGAAAUGUUGGUGAAAGAAGGUGGUUUAUCUCUUUCGCUUUAUCGCUGCAGACCCUUUAACAGAUUAAAAUGGAGGUCUGUUCUCUUUCAUGCUAUGAUGAUUUACCAGAGGAUUUGAGAUUCGGAUUAUUUAUAUAUAUAUAUAUAUAUUGCCGGGAAGACAGUGCGGUCGGCAAUAAUGAAGGGUUGGAAUUGAAAUCCCAUUUCUGUUUGUCAUUGUUAUCGCAUUCCUGUUUCCAGUGUCCUUGAAUUCGAGUACAUGUACAAUAUAACACAUCUGGUUUGGUGAUUAAUGGAUAGAAUUAAAAUAGAUAGAGCUAUUGAUUUAUUUUA